AAUCUGGGAACCACCGUCUGUUCGAUUGUAUCUAGUCCGUGCUCAUUCACUUAACGAAAGCUCUUUCCUUUAGCCCUUUCACCAAAAAUGGACCGCCUCUUUCUUGUCUUCCUCCUCUCCUCUGUCGUUGCUUCGGUUGUCAUCGCCGACGUCAUGAACGAUGAUGACCCACUGAUCCGUCAAGUCGUAUCCGACGGCGGCGUGGAGGAAGAUCCCGAUGAUCACCUCCUCAACGCUGAGCACCACUUUACGCUGUUCAAAUCCAAGUACGGAAAGACCUACGCCACCCAGGAGGAGCACGAUUACCGGUUGGGAGUCUUCAAGGCUAACUUGCGCCGGGCCAAGCGUCAUCAGCUCUUGGACCCCAGCGCCGUCCACGGCGUCACGAAGUUCUCCGAUUUAACUCCGUCGGAGUUCCGCCGUCAGUUCCUUGGGUUGAAACCGCUCAAGCUCCCAGCCGAUGCUCAAAAAGCUCCUAUCCUUCCGACCGAAAACUUACCUGAGAACUUUGACUGGCGCGAUCACGGCGCCGUUACUGGCAUUAAAGACCAGGGCUCAUGUGGAUCAUGUUGGUCGUUUAGUACAACCGGAGCUAUGGAGGGAGCCCAUUUCUUGGCGACAGGCGAGCUUGUCAGCUUGAGUGAGCAGCAGCUUGUUGAUUGUGAUCACGAGUGUGAUCCACAAGAAUAUGGUGCGUGUGACUCAGGGUGUAAUGGUGGGCUGAUGACCACUGCUUUCGAGUACACUCUAAAAGCUGGUGGGCUUCAGAGAGAGGAGGACUAUCCUUACACUGGGAAUGACCGUGGUCCUUGCAAAUUUGACAAGAGCAAAAUUGCUGCCUCUGUUUCUAAUUUUAGUGUCAUUUCCGUUGAUGAGGAUCAAAUCGCUGCAAAUUUGGUGAAGCGUGGACCUCUUGCAGUGGGUAUCAAUGCAGUUUUCAUGCAGACAUAUUUACAUGGGGUUUCAUGCCCAUACAUUUGUGGGAGGCAUUUGGAUCAUGGAGUGCUUCUUGUAGGGUAUGGAGCUGCUGGCUACGCCCCAAUCCGACUUAAGAACAAGCCUUACUGGAUCAUUAAGAAUUCCUGGGGAGAAAACUGGGGAGAGAACGGAUAUUACAAGAUCUGCAAGGGUAACAAUGUUUGUGGAGUGGACUCCAUGGUGUCAACUGUAUCUGCUAUUACCCUGUAAAUAAAUGUAAAAGUAUUAGUCAAUGCCUAGGACUCCUAGAUAUGCUAUGGCUUGAAACUGAUUUUUACUUACGCGUUCUUAUUAAGACUUAUGAUUAUGUAUCUAUAUAUGAAAAGGUAUAUUGGUAAAUGGAUGAUAAUUUCUCUGAGGCAGGCCAAUGCCUGAAUCGAAA